AUGACCGCACAAGACGACAAGCCAGCCUCCUUGCCAGUUCCCAACUCCACCCACUCCUUCUGGCACAGCGAACCUAACAAGUUCCUGAUCGGCCAUCGAACGACGCCAGACCUUCCUCGUGAAGCCGAUAUCGUGGUGAUAGGGAGCGGCAUCACCGGCGCGUCGGUUGCUCGUUUCCUGGCCGAGGACGACAGGGCGAGUGGAAAGAGUAUAGUCCUACUGGAGGCGCGAGAAGCAUGCUGGGGAGCUACAGGCAGGAACGGCGGCCACUGCCAACCCCUCCUCUUCGACCGCGGCCCCGACGUCGCGGCCUUCGAACUCCGCAACGUCGCAGCCGUCAGAUCGUAUAUCGAAUCCCACAACGUCCCUUGCGAAUGGCGCACCGUGACAGGCUGCCGGACAUUCUGGACAGACGCUCUGCUCGACGCCGCCAAAGCCGAAGUGUCCCGCCUCCACGAUUCCGCCCCUGAGCUCGCUAAACGCGUCACUCUUAUAACAGAUAGAGCUGAGCUAGCCAAGCACCGCGUCCGGCCCUCCGCAGCCGGGGCGACACUCACGCGCGGAGCCGGCCAACUCUGGCCCUACAAAUACGUGACCUACAUCCUCGAGACGUUGGUUCAAUCCGGGCGGUUGGCACUCCACACGAACACACCCGUCACAUCGCUCUCGCCGGAUUCAGAUGGCAAAAGUACGCUCAUCCACACGCCUCGCGGCAAGAUUGCAGCCACGCAAACUAUCCUGGCCACGAACGGCUAUACGUCGCACCUCCUCCCCUCCUUCGCCGACCUCAUCGUCCCUGUCCGCGGCGAAAUGAGCGCGCAGCUCCCGCCGCCCGGAAUGGCUCGCCUCGCGGACUCGUACGGCUUCGUCGGCGCAGGGGGGCAGGGCGCGAACCAGGAUGACUAUCUCAUCCAGCGGCCCUUCAGCGGAGUGCCGAACCCGAAGGGACAUCUGAUGUUCGGGGGUGGGGGCGGAGCGGGGACGUUGGAGCGGGUUGGGGUGUCGGAUGAUUCGGUCAUCGAUGAGGACUCGGCGAGGUAUUUGAGGCAGAGUUUGCCAAAGAUGCUGAAGCUUGGCGGGGAUGGUGGGGAGGGUGGGGAGGGGGAGCUUAAGGCUGAUUAUCAGUGGACGGGGAUUAUGGGCUUCUCGAGGGAUAAUAUGCCUUGGGUGGGAAAGGUGCCGGGCGGGAAGGGGGUUUGGCUGUGCGGGGGAUAUACAGGCAAGUGCAGCAUUUGUGUUGUAGGCCAUGGCAUGCCGAAUGGGACACUCUGCGGCAAAGCUGUCGUCGAUAUGAUGUUGGCCGAGGAAGAGGGCACCAGCCUCUCGGCGCUGCAGGAAGAGUUGGUGCAGAACGGUGAUUUACCGCGCGGCUAUCUCAUCUCGGACAAGAGGAUCCGGGAUGCCAGACAACUGCCUACAGUCGCUGUUGCGGAGAGAGAAGGCACUAUUGGCAACCAGUCGAAGGAUUUCUAUAAGAUGGCGAAGAACAAAGAGGAAAAGAGCUCGAAGCUGAACAUGAGUGAGGUGUAUACUGCGCCCUCCAACUCUAUCCGCUUCGGCUUAGAGCCACAGCCUACCACGGGCUUGAGGCUGCGGCGCGGCAACCCGGUGGUUCUAGUGCUCGUCUUGGUUGGCGUCGCCUUCUCUCUGUAUAUGCUGGGCAGAGGGUAA